AUGAACGCGACGAGGCCCUGGUGUGUACCCAGACAUGGCCAAAGGCAUACACCGUUGCCCUCUCCGGUGUUCACCCAGCUGCCUCCUUUGCCACAUUGUGGUCGAAUGCCGACGUUUGAUAACCGCUUGCAGGCCUCGAAGAUGUUCAAGCCCCUGAAGGUCGCCCCCCAGGCCUCCAAGGCCUCCCGCGUCGCCAGGCCCGUGACCUGCUCCGCGCAGAAGGACGACAGCGCCAAGGCCAUCGCCGGCACCGUUGCCGCGGCCGCCCUGGCUGCGGUCGUCAGCUUCGGCGCCGUGGACGCCGCCUACGCGGACAUCUCCGGCCUGACGCCGUGCGCGGAGAGCAAGGCGUUCCAGAGGAGGAAGGCCAAGCAGAUUUCCGGCCUGGAGAAGCGGAUGGCCAAGUACGAGGCCGACAGCGCACCCGCCAUCGCCCUGCAGGCCACCAUGGACAAGACCAACAAGAGGUUUGACUUCUACGGGAAGUCCGGCCUGCUGUGUGGCGCCGAUGGCCUCCCCCACCUCAUCGCCGAUCCAGGCUUCGCAUUGAAAUACGGCCAUGCUGGUGACAUCGUCAUCCCGGCUGCCUUGUUCGUGUACAUAGCGGGCUACAUCGGCUACACUGGCCGCGACUACCUGGCGAAGACCAGGGGAGAGAAGUCUCCCACCCAGAAGGAGAUCAUCAUUGAUGUCCCCCUGGCGUUCCAGUGCCUACUGAGUGGCUUUGCAUGGCCGCUGGAGACCAUCCAGGAGCUCAGGAAGGGAACCCUCACCGAGAAGCCCGAAAACAUCACCGUGUCGCCACGAUGA